AUGUCGAAGCUCCCGCAGAUCCAACGCCAACGAGAAAGCGAAAUCGGAGUCCGACAAAGGCUAAAGCAUCCUUGGACUUUACCCAUCAUCACGGAGGAUGUGUGUGCCCCAAGCAGAUGCCCCCGAAGCGCCUCGCCUGGGGAUACUGAAGGGAAGGCUCCGUCUGCCAUCGAACCCAUAUCAGAGCUACCCUACGUGGAGCCAGUGUACAUCCUGCUGCAGGCGGAAAAGCGAAAGCCGCCUCGACUGGUGGACACGGCAGUGGGCACCGAUCCGGGCCGAGCUCACAGUAAUCCAUCUGCCAGAAGGCAUCCGCCGUCUGUCCAGGUCAAGGAUCGCGUGACGUUCAGCGACACGGCCGUAAACGAGAGCGACAUCGAUGAGGAAUCCAGCAGUCCCUUUUCCAGUGAUGGUUCUGCGCUGUACGACCUUGAGGAUCACGAGAUACUCAUCACCAAGACGGAGAAGUUCUACAAGAAGAGAGCCGACAAGGUGCUGCCGUUGGAGGACUCGGACGAGUCGUUCGAGGUUCUCAACAUGAACAGCCCGCAGCAAGAGCAACGCCGUUCGUUGGUUUCACGAGUCUUCGAGGAGGCAAUGGACUCGGAUGCUCCCCAGUCGAUCGACCACUUGAUGAUGGCGCAGUACACCGACCUGAGCGAUUCGAGCACCAGCAGCGGCACCAAACUGAAGCGGGGCCAAGGACUGGGCCUAUCAGCCGGCAACCUGGACUCUGGCUAUGUGUUUAUCUAUAUGGUCAUCCCGCCCGAUGGUGGCUACGGCUGGAUCGUGCUCGUCCUCAGCUUCCUGGCCCAGCUGAUUGUCGAUGGCAUUGUCUUCUCGAUUGGCAUCUUGCUGCCCUUCAUGGCCCAGGACUUUGGGGCGGACAACUCGCGGAUUGUGUUUGUGGCCAGCAUACAGAUUGGCUGCUACUUCAUGGGCGGCGCCUUCUCGAGCGCCCUCAUCAACAGUUACGGCUUUCGGCCGGUGGCCCUGCUCGGUGUGGCAAUCUCUUCCCUGUCCAUACUCACGGCCAGCUUCAGUCCGAACCUGGGCAUGAUGAUUGUGUUCUACAGCAUCAUUGUUCCCGCAGGUGGUCCGGCACUGAGCAUGAUCUGGGUGAGCUCGCAGCUCAUCAUCGGCUACUACUUUGAGCGGUAUCGGGCACUGGCCAGCGGCUUCUCGUGCUCGGGUGCCGGUGCCGGGAUUGUGGUCUUCUCGUUCCUCAACAGCUGGCUGGUGCCGCUGAUCGGCUGGCGGAAUGUCCUGCGGGUGCACGUCCUCCUGCUCUUGUGCAUUUUCCUGAUUGCCUGCGCCUACGUGGAGGUGGCGCCCACACAGGUGGGCGUGCUGAACAGACCGGCCGGCCUGAUGGACUCCAGUUCGGACGAGUACUAUGGCAACUUCUAUGUGCACAAUUUUAUGCGCGACUCCACCUCGAAAAUAGGCUCCCAGACCAUCCUGGAGACAUACGAGCCGCACCCGAAGCGAGCGGCCUUCUUUCGACGCAUCUCACCCUGCUGCACUAGUAAGCCAGAGCAGGAGGAGGACGAGGAGCGCAGACUUGAUGAUGAUCGCAAUCUGGUGAUCCGCACGGAUCCGAUUCUGCGCGAGGAUCUCUUCUACACGGGCCCCGUCAGCUACGACAAGCCCCACAGCACGGAGCAGGUGGAGGGCAAGGAGAUGCAGCUGCUGGGAUCCGCACAGCAUGCACAGAAAACCACCUACGGCAUAGCCCACAUUCAGGGCUACACCAGCGAUGACAAGAAGAAGUCGAACGGCCCCUCGUUGGAGUCCCAGGGCAGUCCGCUGCCACUUGAUGAACGUUACGGGAAAUCAGUCAGUCGCAUCCGCAUGCCCAGGAGACGGCCACUGAAGAAGCGCCACUGGCUGCACAACAAGAUUGUGAAGGCCCUCAACAGGCUCUUCGACUAUCACCUGCUGGAAUCCUUCGAGUUCCGGGUGCUGGUGGCCUCCGCGUUCUUCUACCCGAUGGGCUUCAACAUACCGUUCGUGUACUCAAAGGCCCGCACGGAUAUUCCCAGCGAAUAUGCCAACCUGAUUGGGCCUGCCAUCGGCCUCAUGAACUUUGCCAUGCGCAUCAGCUGCGGCUUUGCGGCCUACAAGCUGGGCGGCUGCACGACCUACAUCUGUGGCGGUGGCAUGUUCUUUGGCGGCUUCUUUGUGUUCAUCAGCGCCUUCUUUGGCUCCGACAUUGUCUGGUUCCAGGUACUCUACGGCCUAUGCUAUGGCGUGGCACCAGCUGUGUACGCCACGCUGCGUGCGCUCAUCUAUGUGCGAUACCUGGGACUCUCAAAGCUGACCAAUGCCUUUGGGAUUACCGCGCUGGCCAUGGGCAUGGGCGUUUUCAUUGGCACCACGCUGGGUGGCAUUCUGGUGCAGGCCACUCACGGCUACACGGCUGCCUUCGCCUUGGCCGGGCUCUGCAUCAUGCUGUCCGGCAGCCUGAAACUCCUUCUGCCCACCAUGGUGAGGCUGCACAGACGGAAACAAUCGCCAAGACACUCCGCUCCGUCAUAGCAUUUGACUUUGUAAAGCUCUUCGCUUUUUGGCUGGCAAAACUUGUAAGCUACUCACUUAUU